AUGUCGUCCUCGCCCGUCUACGAGGCUACCUGCACUGCGCCCGUCAACAUUGCCGUCGUCAAGUACUGGGGCAAGCGCGACACCUCCCUCAUCCUCCCAACCAACUCGUCCCUCUCCGUCACUCUCUCGCAAGACCACCUUCGAUCCCUCACCUCGGCGCGGUGCAUCACUUCGGGCGGCGCGGACGCACGGGACAGGCUCUGGCUUAAUGGAGAGGAGGAGGAGAUUAAGCAGGGCGGGCGGACCGAGAGGUGCUUGAGCGAGAUGAGGAAGAUGCGGAAAGAGCUGGAGGCCUCCAACUCCUCGCUCCCUCACAUCGCCGACUUCCCCAUCCACAUCGCCUCCGAGAACAAUUUCCCUACGGCCGCCGGCCUCGCCUCGUCCGCAUCUGGCCUCUCUGCCCUCAUCGCGACCCUCACGACCCUCUACGCUCUCACUCCCGAGAACGGCGUCUCCGUCUCGUCCCUCUCCCGUAUCGCCCGCCAGGGAUCUGGAUCGGCGUGCCGGAGCAUGUUCGGCGGCUACGUCGCAUGGGAGAUGGGCUUGAAGGACGACGGCAGCGAUUCGGUCGCGGUCGAGGUCGCGCCCGUCGAGCACUGGCCCGACUUGCACGCCCUGAUCCUCGUCGUCAGCGACAAGAAGAAGGGGACCCCGUCGACCGCCGGUAUGCAACGCACGGUCGCCACCUCUGCGCUCCUCCAGCACCGCAUCAAGGAGGUUGUUCCCGCCCGCAUGCAGCGCAUCACGACGGCGAUCCAGAAUCGCGACUUUGAUGCGUUUGCGGAGGAGACCAUGGCAGACUCGAACCAGUUCCACGCCGUCUGCCUCGACACGUUCCCGCCCAUCUUUUACAUGAACGACGUCUCGCGCGCGGUUAUCCAGCUCGUCACCGAGUUGAACCGUGCCAGCGUCGAGAAGGGCGAGGGCGUCAAGGCUGCGUACACGUACGACGCGGGUCCGAACGCAGUCCUCUACGUCCAGGAGAAGGACGUCAAGCAGGUCCUCGAACUCGUCCUCCGCUACUUCCCCCAGACGGCCGAAUCCUUCCCCGACCCGUUCAACGUCGGUGCGAAGCCGGCGCAGGACGUUCCGCAGGGCUUCAACAAGGCUGUCAUCCCCGAGCACGAGGUCGGCGCCGUCGCGCGCAUCAUCCACACCAAGGUUGGCGACGGCCCGCGCGUCCUUGCCAAGGAGGAAAGCCUCCUCAACGCUGAGGGGAUGCCCAAGUCGCUGAAGUAG